CAGAGGAGGAAAGAGGGGAAACCUGUCAGCUCUCCUCUCACUCUGCACAGGCAGCUACCGGGUGAAGCAACUAACUGCUCAGCCCCUUACGUGUCCUGCUAGAUCCUCCACCUUACCAACUCCAGCUUAGGAGAGACCCCCAGAAGAACUAUACUCUUUGCCACUUCUGCCUUCCACUACCACUGAAGCCUGGCCUAACUGAGAUCUGACCUGUGACCUCUUGGUACCAAGACUGAGAUGCGCUGGCCCUAGCUGUCCUCUGGCAGCAUGUCUGGGGUGUCCGAGCCCCUGAGCCGGGUGAGGGUGGGCACCCUGCGCCGGCCCGACAUCCCCCCAGAGCCUGUGGUGGUAGUGCCUGUGGACGUGGAGAAGGAGGAUGUGCGGAUCCUCAAGGUCUGCUUCUACAGCAACAGCUUCAACCCUGGGAAGAACUUCAAGUUGGUCAAGUGCACUGUGCAGACAGAGAUCCAGGAGAUCAUCACCUCUAUCCUGCUAAGUGGGCGGAUUGGGCCCAACAUCCAGUUGACUGAGUGCUAUGGCCUGAGACUGAAACACAUGAAAUCUGAUGAGAUCCACUGGCUGCACCCUCAGCUGACGGUGGGAGAGGUGCAGGAGAAGUAUGAAUGUCUACACGUCGAAGCCGAAUGGAGGUAUGACCUGCAGAUCCGCUACUUACCAGAGGACUUCAUGGAGGCCCUGAAAGAAGAUAGAACCACGCUGCUUUACUUUUACCAACAGCUACGGAAUGACUACAUGCAACGCUAUGCCAGCAAGGUCAGUGAAGGCAUGGCACUCCAGCUGGGCUGUCUGGAGCUCAGGAGGUUUUUUAAAGACAUGCCCCACAAUGCCCUUGACAAGAAGUCCAACUUUGAGCUCCUGGAGAAGGAGGUGGGGCUGGACCUGUUUUUCCCAAAGCAGAUGCAGGAGAAUCUGAAGCCCAAACAGUUCCGAAAGAUGAUCCAGCAAACCUUUCAGCAGUAUGCCUCACUGAAGGAAGAAGAAUGUGUCAGGAAAUUUUUCAACACACUUGCCGGAUUCGCCAACAUUGACCAGGAGACCUAUCGCUGUGAACUCAUACAAGGGUGGAAUAUUACUGUAGACCUGGUCAUCGGACCCAAGGGCAUCCGCCAGCUGACCAGUCAAGAUGCAAAGCCCACCUGCCUGGCUGAGUUCAAGCAGAUAAAGUCCAUCAAGUGUACGUUGGUGGAAGAUGGACAAGCCCUACUCCAACUGGGCAUUGAAGGCGCGCCUCAGUCCUUGUCCAUCAAAACCUCCUCCCUGGCUGAGGCUGAGAAUAUGGCUGAUCUGAUUGAUGGUUAUUGCCGGAUACAGGGUGAACAUAAGGGUUCUCUCAUCGUUUGCCCCAAGAAAGGUGGGCAUGUUCUAACAGAUGGUGAGAAGCGGAACAGCCUGCCUCAGAUCCCUACCCUGCACUUUGGAGAGAGGAGAUCCCAGUUCUCAGAAAGCUGCAGCAUUGAGUCAGACAUUUAUGCAGAAAUUCCUGAUGAAACCCUGCGGAGGUCUGGAGGUUUGCAAUAUGGUGUUGCCCGGGAAGAUGUGGUUCUGGGCCGCAUCCUGGGGGAAGGCUUCUUUGGAGAAGUGUAUGAAGGUGUCUACCAGAACCAUAAAGGAGAGCGGAUCAAUGUGGCUGUGAAGACCUGUAAGAAGGACUGCACUUUUGAAAAUAAAGAGAAGUUCAUGAGUGAAGCAGUAUUAAUGAAGAAAUUGGAUCAUCCUCAUAUUGUGAAGCUGAUUGGUAUCAUUGAAGAGGAGCCCACAUGGAUUAUCAUGGAGCUGUACCCAUGUGGAGAGCUUGGACACUACCUGGAGCACAAUAAGAAUUCGCUAAAGGUGCUCACCCUCAUCUUGUAUUCGCUGCAGAUAUGCAAGGCCAUGGCUUACCUGGAGAGCAUCAGCUGUGUCCACAGGGACAUUGCAGUCAGGAACAUUUUGGUGGCUUCUCCUGAAUGUGUGAAACUUGGGGAUUUUGGUCUUUCUCGGUACAUUGAAGAUGAAGAGUAUUACAAAGCAUCUGUGACUCGCCUCCCAAUCAAAUGGAUGUCCCCUGAAUCCAUCAACUUCCGUCGGUUCACAACAGCCAGUGACGUUUGGAUGUUUGCUGUGUGCAUGUGGGAGAUCCUGAGUUUUGGAAAGCAGCCCUUCUUCUGGCUAGAGAACAAGGAUGUAAUUGGAGUGUUGGAGAAAGGGGACCGGCUACCCAAACCCGACCUCUGCCCUCCUGUCCUCUAUACUCUCAUGACUCGGUGCUGGGACUAUGACCCCAGUGACCGACCUCGCUUCACAGAACUUGUAUGCAGCCUUAGUGAUGUUUACCAGAUGGAGAAAGAGAUUGCUAAAGAACAAGAGAGAAAUACCCGCUACCGGACACCCAAAAUUUUGGAGCCCACAGCCUUCCAGGAUCCCCCACCCAAGCCCAGCCGGCCCAAGUACAAGCUGCCUCCACAAACCAACCUUCUGGCUCCCAAGCUGCAGUUCCAGGUACCAGAGGGUCUAUGUGCCAGCUCGCCUACGCUCACCAGUCCCAUAGAGUAUCCGUCACCAGUUAAUUCCUUGCAUACCCCACCUCUCCACCGGCACAAUGUCUUCAAACGCCACAGCAUGAGGGAAGAGGAUUUUGUCCGCCCUAGCAGUCGAGAGGAGGCCCAGCAGCUAUGGGAAGCUGAGAGAGCGAAGAUGCGUCAGAUCUUGGACAAGCAACAGAAGCAGAUGGUGGAAGAUUACCAAUGGCUCAGGCAGGAGGAAAAGUCCCUGGACCCUAUGGUGUACAUGAAUGAUAAGUCUCCAUUGACCCCAGAGAAGGAGGCUGGAUAUAUGGUCACAGCUGAAUUCACGGGGCCUCCUCAGAAGCCACCACGACUGGGAGCUCAGUCAAUUCUGCCAACAGCCAACCUGGACCGGACAGACGACAUGGUGUACAUCAACGUCAUGGAGCUGGUUCGAGCUGUCCUGGAUCUCAAAAAUGAACUCAGUCAGCUGCCCCCAGAAGGCUAUGUUGUCGUGGUGAAGAAUGUCGGCCUAACCCUGAGGAAGCUGAUUGGCAGCGUGGAUGACCUUCUGCCCACUCUACCUCUGUCUUCACGAACAGAGAUUGAGGGGACACAGAAGCUGCUGAACAAAGACCUAGCGGAAUUAAUCAACAAGAUGCGUCUGGCGCAGCAGAACGCUGUGACUUCACUGAGUGAAGAAUGUAAGCGUCAGAUGCUCACAGCCUCCCACACUCUGGCUGUGGAUGCCAAGAACCUAUUGGAUGCUGUGGACCAGGCCAAAAUGGUCGCCAAUCUGGCCCGCCCCCCAGCCGAGUGAAUGGCAGGCAGCGUCCACCGAGAUGUACUGGUCCUGAAUGGGGCGGCUCUCCCGCCUGUGUGCCCCAACUCCCAAAUUUUGUGUCAUGCAUCCCCCUUCCCCUGCCUCUUGUCUUGCCUAAUGAUGUUUAUUUUCUUAGGGGACUGGCCUGGGGGCCAUUUGCACGAUCUCUCCCCCUUUUCUGCCCCCUGUUCCAUUAGCCCCCAGCCAGAAAAGGGCUGCCCACACCCCGCAGACUGUUAAGCCAAGAAGGCGUUUGUACAUACAGGACACUGGAUUGCAGAAGCUGGGAUAGUAGCAAUGGGAGCUUGAGGGUAGCUGCCUCCGUGCCCCUCCCCAGCCUAUCCUCCCUAGCCCACCCCACUUCUUUUACAUAGUGUGUUUAUCAGUGGAUCCCCAGUACCUGUGGAAACUGCCCUGGCUUCAUGCAUGGACACAGCAGCCAGUGAUUGGAAUUAAGCUGUUCAUUCUUAUAUUUCUGUGAUCAAUUAGUGAUUCCCUGGAGAACUCCAGGGUUAGCAGAGGUGCCAGUUGGAGUACAGAGGCAAGGGAGCCCUGUUCUAGGGACUGGCCUUGCGAGGAUGCAGACUGAACUGAUAUUCUUGUAUAGUGUAUAGAGAGAGGGGUUUAUUUAAUGUAUGUAUUGGUCUGUCCUGACCACCAUCUGUCCCAGCCAGGAAUGUCCCUUGCUAAAAGGGACCCAGGACAAGCCAAGAAGAACCUGGGUGGGGAAAGGAGACUGUUAGAGUGAAUAAUACAAGCACUGGAUCUGGAAGGUGAGAGAAAGAAGAGGCCAGAACAGGAAUUCUGGCCAUAAUUUACCUUUCUUACCUCUCACUUUCCUUCUUUUCUUCCUCCCUCUUUUCAUCUGUCUAUCUCUUUCUGCCUUCUCCCUC